UUAAGAAUGUUGUCCUUAACUUUUAGUAGCUUAAUGCUUGUUCUGCUUUUCAUUUUGCUAUCCAUAAAAGAUACUAUUGCUCAUACUGACAAAGUUAAACAAAAUUUUGUGGUCGAUGAAGCUGGAAAUGAUAUUGCUAAGGCAGGAAGGAACCACCUUAGUGAGGAGAAGGAAGUUUUGGAUGGUCAUAUUUCAGCAUCUAUUCAAUUUGCCAGUGACAGAAUUAGAGGAAGAAAAAGGAUGUUGGAGCAAAGGAAUAUGAGGCAAAGUACUAAGAAAAUUGAAGCCAUGCCAAGUAAAGGGCAAGGAAAGCUUCGAAUGCAAAAUAAAGUGAGUGGCAGAAGUAGCCAUUCUGAUAAUGUGAAGGUCAAUAGAGGAAGUUUCACAGCAUUCAGUGCUGAUUAUCACAUGCCAAGAACGCACCCUCCAAAAAAUAACUGAGCUACAAAAUUCUUGAAUUUUUGGCGUAUCAUGAUAUUCUUUACUAUUUAUACUGUAUCUAUCUAAUAUUGGAAAAUCAAGCAAA